UAGUUGUACAGCUGGUUAAACAACGUUCGCAUGUAUAUAAACAGUACAGUAUGAUACAUCGUUUUAGACGUUGAUGGAUGUCUGAUCGUUACUAAUUCGAAAGAGAUUAUUAAAAAUCAAGAGAGAUCAAUUAAGUAAAGUACGAUGAUAAAAAGUGUGGUUUUUUUCUUUUGUUAUUUGGCAAUAAUUUUCAAUUGUAUUGUGAGCGAAUUGGUCGCAAAACAACAUCGAGUAAAUUAUUCUCCAACUUGGGAAAGUUUGGACCAAAGGCCAUUGCCAAAUUGGUAUGAUGAGGCAAAAGUUGGCAUUUUCAUCCAUUGGGGUAUAUAUUCAGUGCCCACAUAUGGUACUGAGUGGUUUUGGACAAAUUGGCGCAAUAAGCAUCUACCAUCAUAUGUUGAAUACAUGAAUAAGAAUUUCAAACCCGGAUUCACCUAUCAAGAAUUUGCAUCUCAAUUCACAGCCGAACAUUUUAAUCCAAACGAAUGGGCAAAAUUGUUUGAAGAAAGCGGUGCCAAAUAUGUGGUUUUAACAAGUAAACAUCAUGAUGGCUAUGCAUUUUGGCCGUCAAAAUAUUCAUUUAGCUGGAAUUCAGUGGAUAUUGGACCUCAUCGUGAUAUUGUUUCUGAACUUUCCACUGCCAUCCGAAAAAAUACCACACUUCGAUUUGGCCUAUAUCAUUCGUUAUUCGAAUGGUUCAAUCCAAUGUAUUUGAGCGAUAAACAAAAGGAAUUCAAUGAUAAUAUUUUUGUUGUAAACAAAGUACUGCCUGAAAUGCUUGAGCUUGUAAAUACAUAUAAACCAGAAGUACUUUGGUCGGAUGGCGAUUGGGAAGCGGAUUGGCAAUACUGGAAUUCAACCGAAUUUAUUGCUUGGUUGUACAAUGAGAGUCCGGUACGCGACACAAUUGUAACAAAUGAUAGAUGGGGACGUGGAACAUUGUGUAAACAUGGAGACUUUCUCACAUGCUCAGAUCAUUUCAAUCCAGGAGAAUUGCAGAAGAAAAAAUGGGAAAAUGCAUUUCCAAUUGAUAAAAAUAGCUGGGGAUACAGAGCAAAUGCACGUCUCGAAGACUUUCUAACGCCAGGCCAGUUAAUUAGUGAAAUCGUGACUACUGUCAGUACUGGUGGAAAUGUGCUGGUGAAUGUUGGACCAACGCAAAACGGUGUUAUUCAACCAAUUUUCGUUGAACGUUUACGUGAGAUGGGAAGUUGGUUAAAAAUAAACGGUGAAGCAAUUUAUGGCAGUAAUCCAUGGAUUUAUCAAAAUGAUACAAAAACCCCAGAUGUUUGGUAUACUAGCAAAACGCUUGAUGACGAUCGUACCGUCGUUUAUGCAAUGGUAUUGAAAUAUCCCUAUGAUUCUGGUGACAUAAAACUUUACUCAUUAGGUGGAAGAUUUGAUGAUGCAACCGAAGUACGAAUGCUCGGUGCUCCACAAAAACUUAAAUGGAGUGGUUCUCAUAAAGCGAUAAAUAUUCAAUUUCCCAAUAAAGCGCUCACCGACAAAUUGGGCAUAAAUUUGGCAUGGACACUUGCUAUAAAUAUUCCGAAAAAUUCUCCGAUAGAUUUGAUAUAAAUAUGAAUUUGGAAGACAGUUCACCUUCAAACACCAAAAAAAUAUUAAUGAUUACUAAUCUGUAAAUCGAUACGAGUGCAACUGUUCUCAUUUCAUUUGCAUCUCAUUUUUACCUAAAUUGGGAUGAUAUCUAUUUUACAGUCGUAUAGAAUUACUGAAGUUCCUUAUAAAGUCUCUUUAUUACCUUACCAAUAACGAAACCUUCCAUCUCUUGUCUGAGUGGAAUUAAUAAUACUUUUACCGAUAAAUUCGUCUAUAAUGCGAUUAAUAUUAUAUAUGUUCAUUUGAUAUCAAUUUUGUUGAAGAUUUUUUUUGAUAAGUGCUUUUCUAACAAUCGAUUGAACAUUAAAAGACCGUCAAUUAAAUAAUAGACUCCAUGCUGGUCUUUUUUUUAUUCUUGUACCAUAAAUUGACAAAUAAAUGUAUAUUGUGUUGGACAAUUGGUAGAA